AUGGAUGAAUACAAUCGAAUAGAUGUGCAAAGAAACUCAGGGAGACAAUCAUCACGCCCAGUCUCAAAGUCAUUAUUAUCAGGUAAAUCAACACCUAGAGGUUCCCCUUCAUUUAGAAGAUUAAACUCCAGUCGAACCCCUAGAAAAGAUGGAAGAACAGGUGGAUUUGGUACUAAUCGUUUCAAAAGCAACCGAAUUGUGCUUUGGUUGCUUCUGAUCACUCUUUGGGCUUAUGCUGGAUUCUAUAUCCAAUCAAGGUGGGCUCAUGGUGACAACAAAGAAGGGAUCUUUGGGGGAAAUGAUUCAAAUGAUGAAACUGAUAAAACCAAAUCUGAACAAGUUCAUAGGAGGGAUUUGAGUGUGAGUAACCACUCAUUCACAGAUCAAGUUGUGAUCAAUGUCAAUCAGCCUGAUGUAAAGAAGACAAAUAAUAUGGUCAAGAACAUAUCUAAUGGUGUACCAAAGUCACACACAAUUGUACCCAUAAAGAAACGAACUAAAAGAUCAAGGCGUAGCUCUAAACGUGAAGACAAAGUUUUGGAAUGGAGUCCUACAAAGCGAUCAGGAACGUGUGAUAGGAAAAGUCAAUUUGCUCGUCUUGUUUGGUCAAGAAAAUUUGUUUUGAUAUUCCAUGAGCUAUCAAUGACUGGAGCUCCACUUUCAAUGAUGGAGUUAGCAACUGAGCUUUUAAGCUGUGGAGCAACUGUUUCUGUAGUUGCUCUUAGCAGAAGAGGUGGAUUGCUAACCGAACUUGCAAGAAAAAAAAUUAGGGUUCUUGAAGACAAAGAUAAAGUCAGCUUCAAAACUGCCAUGAAAGCAGAUCUUGUCAUUGCAGGUUCAGCUGUAUGCUCAUCAUGGAUUGAGCAAUAUCUUGAUCACUCUGUGGCUGGGACACGUCAGCUUGUGUGGUGGAUCAUGGAGAAUCGACGCGAGUAUUUUGACCGGUCAAAGCUUGUUCUAAACCGUGUAAAACAAUUGGUUUUCCUUUCUGAAUCACAAUCUAAACAAUGGAUGGAUUGGUGUAAAGAAGAAAAUAUCGAAUUCAAGUCACCACCCUCUUUGGUUCCACUCUCGGUUAACGAUGAGCUAGCUUUUGUAGCUGGAAUAAAUUGUUCCCUAAAUACCCCUGCAUUCACCGCUGAAAAGAUGCUGGAAAAAAGAUUGAUGUUAAGAAAAAUAAUCAGAGAAGAAAUGGGAGUCAAAGAUAGUGAUAUGCUUGUGAUGGCAUUGAGCAGUAUAAACCCUGGGAAGGGUCAUUUUUUGCUUCUUGAAUCUUUAGAGUUGACAGUUGAUAAAAGUCAAAGAGGAUUGGUUGACCAUGGUGAAAGUUUAAAGAAAAUGUUGAGAGGAAGUGAGGAAAAAAAACAGGGGGGAGAGAUUAAGCUCUUAAUUGGUUCAGUUGGGUCAAAGAGCAAUAAGGUGUUUUACGUAAAAUCACUCCUUAAGUUCUUAUCGAAUCAUUCGGAUUUGGAAAAAUCCGUGUUAUGGACCCCAGCAACAACACGUGUUGCCUCUCUUUACUCUGCAGCAGAUGUCUAUGUUAUAAAUUCUCAGGGGAUUGGAGAAACAUUUGGAAGAGUAACAAUUGAAGCAAUGGCAUUUGGUAUUCCAGUGCUUGGGACAGAUUCAGGGGGCACGAAAGAGAUUGUGGAACAAAACGUAACGGGUCUUUUACAUCCAAUUGGGCAUCAAGGAACAAGUAUUCUUUCCAAAAACCUUCAAUAUUUACUAAAAAACCCAUCAGAACGACAGCGUAUGGGACUCCAAGGAAGACAAAAAGUUCAAAACAUGUACUUGAAAAAGCACAUGUACAAGAUCUUUUGGGAAGUUCUAUACAACACCAUGAGAAUAAAAUAA